GUGCGUCGCGGGACGCAGGCGCAGUUGGGUCGUCGGGUGCGCAGUGACGGCUGCCCAAGUGCAGGUUAGCGAAGAGCCCAGCAGUCGUGGGGUUCGCGCGCCGCGGGGUCGUUACAGCCGAGGGCUUGGAGAACCCGCCGUCGGGGAGCCGCCGCCAUGUCAAUCUUCACCCCCACCAACCAGAUCCGACUGACCAAUGUGGCGGUGGUGCGGAUGAAGCGAGCAGGGAAGCGCUUCGAAAUCGCCUGCUAUAAGAACAAGGUCGUCGGCUGGCGGAGUGGCGUGGAAAAAGACCUCGAUGAAGUUCUGCAGACCCACUCAGUGUUUGUAAAUGUUUCCAAAGGUCAGGUUGCCAAGAAGGAAGACCUCAUCAGUGCAUUUGGGACGGAUGACCAGACAGAAAUCUGCAAGCAGAUUCUGACUAAAGGAGAAGUUCAAGUGUCAGAUAAAGAACGGCACACACAGCUGGAGCAGAUGUUUCGGGAUAUUGCAACCAUUGUGGCAGACAAGUGUGUGAACCCAGAAACAAAAAGACCCUACACGGUUAUCCUCAUCGAGAGAGCCAUGAAGGACAUCCACUACUCGGUCAAGCCCAACAAGAGCACAAAGCAGCAGGCUUUGGAAGUGAUAAAGCAGUUAAAAGAGAAGAUAAAGAUUGAGCGUGCCCACAUGCGCUUGCGCUUCCUCCUCCCAUUGAACGAAGGAAAGAAGCUGAAGGAGAAACUGAAGCCGCUGAUGAAGGUCGUGGAGAGUGAGGACUACAGCCAGCAGCUGGAGAUAGUGUGUCUCAUCGACCCAGGCUGCUUCAGAGAAAUCGAUGAGCUAAUAAAAAAGGAAACCAAAGGCAGAGGUUCUCUGGAAGUGCUCAGUCUGAAAGACGUGGAGGAAGGAGAUGAGAAAUUCGAAUGACACUCUCCAGCUCCUCAGCUGGAACAAGACAGGACAGUUGUCCCCUGCAGCAGCAGCUUGUUUCUGUGACUGCCAAAAGCCCUGCUCAAGCAACGUGCCACUUUCCAGCCUUGUGUUAAACAUUUACCUAGGUACUGGGUGUCUUUGUUAAAUUGGGGUUUCCAACAAAAAUAACAGAAUACAGCGUCCAGAACAGCUCUUCACUGCUGUCUAUGCCUUUCUAGUUCCACAGGAAAGAUCAGACAGUGGUGGAUACUCGAGUUAGUAUGUGAUACAUCAUUGGAGAGGGGUCUGUAUAACAAAAAGGAGUGUUUGCUGGGAUGAAGAUGUGGUACUUUUGCAUAAUGAAGUCCAGGUCUGGGGUGUGAGCUGGUUCCCUAAAUUUAGAUAUAUAAUGACUAGGGAAAAUUUGAAUUUUUAAUUUUCAACGAACAUGGAACCACACAACUGACUUAGAUUAUUCUUGGUAAAAUAUAUAAAGUCAUUUAAUACUAAUUCUUAAAAGUUUAUAUGUUAGUAUAGCUAAAAUUAUACAUAAUCAAUAAAACUUAUUUUUAUUAA